AUGCUAAUUCUCAAGAGGCACCUCACCUUUUCUCUCUCCAAUUUCUCUCCUCAACUCGCACCUCUUUUGUCUCCUCGCCUUCGCUUCGCUUCUGGAAUCUGCACCAAACGCCCUCACUCCGGCGCCAACGCUACGUCACCAGAGUUAGUAGCUAUAGCAUUAGAUGAUGUGAAAUAUGGAUUAGAGCGGAAUAUUAGAUACUACUAG